AUGACCCCUGUGGGAACCCAGAAGCAAAGCCCCAGGAAUCUUGCACCACCAGGCAGGCAUGGCCACGAGGGCCCAGGCCAGUUCCAGCUCACGCAGGCCUCCUCAGCCUUCUCAUCCCUGACCCCAGAGCCCAGCGCUGCCGCCAAACCAGCUGGAUCGUCUUCGGGACGUCGAUGUCGCAGUCCAGCCCUGGGGACAAGCGCGCUUGAGGAGCGCCUGCACCUGCACAGCCCUCGUGGCCCCGCCCCGCCUCACCUGCACCUAAACAGCCGGCGCGGCCCCGCCCCGCCGCACCUGAAGUGCACCACCAUGGGCCCGGUUCACCUCGUCCCGGAAGCCGAGGACGCCGGCGGGAUCGGCCCAGACGCCGUGGUCCGGCAAGCCGAAGUACCGGAAGUGCUGCACCGGACAUUGUGGCUCCUCCUGAGCGGGGCAGGCGCUCCGGCAGGCAGCAGCCCUAGGCCUGGCCCUCACCCAGGAUGCGCACGUGCACACGGCCGAACUCUUGGCUGCCGGGCAGCUCUGGCCAGUCCUGGAAACACUUGUUCUGAGGGAAGCGCUUUGCAUCAGCCUUGCCGGCAGCACCCCGGCACCCCGCCCCUGCGACCUGCAGAGACGCAGUGACGAUGACACGCGUGUUCUCCUGGUGCACCGUGGCCCAGAAAGCAGCCACCGUGGCCUGCAGACAGCUCUGCGUGGCGACGUACGCCCUGCCCCCGCCAUGGCCCGGCUCCUCCUCAGGGUCAGUCUGAAAGGGGAUGAGGACAACUGCUGCUGUUUCCAGAGGACAAACAAGUCCAUGCAAAUAUUAUGCAAAUGAUAUGCAAACGGCACACAAAUGUUAUACAAAGGAGCCCUGGUGGCUCAAACACACUCCUCACUCCAGGCCAGCAAGGGGCUGAGGACCAAUGCCCGUCCAGCCUCUCUGAGGACCCCUUGGGGACUGCCGCCCACCCCUCCCCUGGGGACCCUGGUUCUUCCUGAGCCCCCCAGGAGCAAUGGGCCCAGGCCCUGCCUCCCGCGCACACCCACCCUGAUGUAGUUGGCUCCAGGCCUGCUGUCAUCCUAGUCGAGCAGGAUGACUCAGGUGGUGUCAACUGGGAAGGGAGGUGCCGCUCAGUUCUCCAGGGCACAGCUUGUGGGCCCCACCUUGCCUCUUUGCCCGCAGACCCUGUGGUGUGCAGAGAUGGGGGGUCCAGGGUAUGCGAGGGGGAGCCUCAGGUCAGCGGUGGCAGAUGCUCCGCCUGCUCCCCACCUCCCCCAGGCCUGACGGGUGACACCCUGGCCUCUGCCCUCACAGGGAAGGAUGUUCUUAUAGUGAUUCUUGGGCUUAUUCUCCACCCUCUGCCCCUCCUUCCGAGGGUACAGGAACUGGCAUUCCUGCUGCUGCAGCAUCUGGAGGUGAUGGAGCCUUCAGCUCACAGCCCCGGCCCCUUCCCAGAGCCCAAGAUGGCCACCCCACCCCAUCCCGUGUGUGCGGAAGAGUACCUAGGUGCCGAGGCAAGAGACUGAAGGCACAAACUGUUUCAGUAUAAUAAAGAAAAGAGUUAGAAUAAGAAUAGUCAUAAUACAAAUUAGAUAUAGCGAUGAUCAUGAACAAUUAUCCAUCAUUAUAAACAUUAUUAAUCAUUAGCUUUUAAUAUUACUCUUUGUUGCAUUACUAAUAUAACCUAAGAAUAACCGGCGGGUAUAGGGUCAGGUGCUGAAGGGACAUUGUGAGAAGUGACCUAGAAGGCAAGAGGUGAGCCCUCUGUCACGCCCGCAUAAGGGCUGCUUGAGGGCUCCUUGGUCAAGCGGUAACGCCAGUGUCUGGGAAGGCACCCGUUACUUAGCAGACGGUGAAAGGGAGUCUCCUUUCCUUGGAGGAGUCAGGGAACACUCUGCUCCACCAGCUUCUUGUGGGAGGCUGGAUAUCAUCCAGGACUGCCCGGAGUCAUCCGGGGGCCUAAACCCCUCCCUGUGAUGCUUCAAUGCUCACGCUCCUUGUCCACUUUCAUGCUCCUCCCGUACUCCUGGUUCCUCUUUGAAGUGCGUAGUAGAUAGCGAUAGAAGGAAUAGUGAAAGUCUUAAAGUCUUUGAUCUUGUAAGUUCAUAGAAGAAAACGCUGACAUAUGCCGCCUUCUGUCUCUGCUUCAGCCACCUAAGAGGGAAGGGCCCCCUGUCCUGUGAUCACGUGACUUGUUUCACCUUGUCAAUCACUUAGAAGAUUCACCCUCCUUACCCUACCCCCCUUGUCUUGUAAGCAAUAAAUAUCAGCGAACCCAGCUGUUCGGGGCCACUACCAGUCUCUGUGUCUUGGUGGUAGUGGUCCCCGGGGCCCAGCUGUUUUCUCUUUA